AAGCGGCACUAAGAUUUCAUUAAGAGGCCCUGCGAAAUCCCAAAUGAAGGUUAGCCGACUAAUGGAGGAUGGGAAGAAACGGCCGCACAUUGUAGUCUCUGCGCAAGAUCAAUGGCUCAUGUGAGUUUGGAGCUGGCCGGCAGAUGCAGUGCGUAGGGCCACGCCUCCAGGAAGACGCGAACAUGAACGGGGCGGGGGAGCAGGUGGACAUCCUCCCACCCAACUGCAUGGUCAAGGACCGAUGGAAAGUGCUGAAGAAGAUCGGCGGCGGGGGCUUCGGGGAGAUCUACGAGGCCCUGGACCUGCUGACGCGCGAGAACGUGGCCCUGAAGGUGGAGUCGGCGCAGCAGCCCAAGCAGGUCCUCAAGAUGGAGGUGGCCGUCCUGAAGAAACUGCAAGGAAAAAAUCAUGUGUGUAAGUUCAUCGGAUGUGGUCGAAAUGAGAAGUUCAACUAUGUGGUCAUGCAACUUCAGGGACGCAACCUCGCUGAUCUCAGGAGGAGCCAGCCACGGGGCACGUUUACCAUGAGCACCACCCUGCGAUUAGGAAAACAGAUCCUGGAAUCCAUAGAAGCCAUUCACUCCGUGGGGUUCCUGCACCGAGACAUUAAACCGUCAAACUUUGCGAUGGGUCGGCUGCCUUCCACGUACAGAAAAUGCUACAUGUUAGACUUUGGCCUCGCGCGACAAUACACCAACACUAAUGGAGAAGUCAGACCUCCUAGAACUGUUGCAGGGUUCCGGGGAACUGUGCGCUACGCUUCAGUAAAUGCACAUAAAAACAAAGAAAUGGGUCGCCAUGACGAUUUAUGGUCCUUAUUUUACAUGCUGGUAGAAUUUGCGGUUGGACAGUUGCCGUGGCGAAAAAUUAAGGACAAGGAGCAAGUGGGACAGAUCAAAGAGCGGUACGACCACAGGAUGCUGCUCAAACACAUGCCUUCAGAGUUCCACAUCUUCCUGGACCACGUCCUGGGCCUGGAUUACUACACUAAACCAGACUAUCAGCUCCUCAUGUCCGUGUUUGAGAACAGCAUGAAGGAGCGCAUCAUCACGGAGAAUGAGCCGUUCGACUGGGAGAAGGCCGGCACCGACGCGUUGCUCUCCACCAGCACGUCCACCCCGCCGCAACACAACACCAGGCCGACGGCAGCCAUGGUGGGGGUGGUGAAUGUGACUCCGGUGCCUGGGGGGGAGCUCCAGAGGGAGAACACAGACGACGUGCUGCAGGACGAGCACCUGAGUGACCAGGAGAACGCCCCGCCCCCACCCGCCGGCAGUCGCCCUGGCGACGCCAGCCAGCCCCCGCCAGAGGGAGAGGCCUGGGAGGACACCGACUUCAACCGCAACAAACUCAGGAUCAGCAUCAGCAAGUUGGCGGCGGAGGAGGAGCCCAGCCGAGGGGCGUGUCCUGUGUCCCCGGUCCGAGGCGCACCCCCAGAGUCCCCCGGCGGCCAGGCACGCUCGCUCAGAUACCGCCGCGUCAACAGCCCCGAGUCUGACCGCCUGUCUGCUGCAGAGGGCCGGGCCGAAGCCUACGACAAGCGGUCUCGCAUGGACAUCCUGGGCUCUCCUUCCAGGCAGGUGUACUCGUCCCAGCCGGCCCAGAUGCUGUCGGUGGACUUGGGGCAGGGGGACCGGCAGGCCAGCGGCCGGCAGGAGGUGUCUGCCUCCGUGGACCACGAGGCCCUGAGCAACGCCUUCCGCUCGGUGCCGCUAGCCGAGGAGGAGGACUUUGACAGCAAGGAGUGGGUCAUCAUCAACAAGGAGGCGGAGCUGAGGGACUUCCUGCCGGGCGCGGAGCCCACCACCUCGGGGACCACGGACGAGGAGCCGGAGGAGCUGCGGCCGAUCGAGGAGCAGGAGGAGCGGCGGAGGCUCGGGGGCGGGGCCGAGGCCGUGGUCCGGCCCAAGACGCGGGGCAUGCUGACGGUGGCCGAAGAGGAGGGGCAAACCCCGAGCCCCACCCACUCGCCCUGUCACUCACUGCCUUCCACCCGCCCCAGGAGGAGGGAGUCGGAACCAAUCGGGCCCCACAGACUGGUCCUUUUGCCCAAACCGUUUGAGCAGAACGGCCUACCUUUGCAGGUGCCUUCUUGUCCGUCUUAUCAAGACUUCAGAGCGAAGGACCAGGCGGUGGAGAAGGAUGUUCUGGGGGGUCUCCCCCAGCUGCAGGGGAAGAGGGUGGACUUCCUGUCCUUCAGCGGCGUCCUGCUCCCACCGGAGCCCUCCACCUCGGGCCCCCAGCGCAGCAGGGGUUCGGACGGGGCCCGAGAGAACAAGAGCGAGUCCAGCAGCGACGGCAGCCAGAAGAGCACGGAGCGCAGCCAGGAGGGGGCGCCCUCUACCCUGCUGGCCGACGAGCAGAAGGAGUCCCGGGGCAGGGCCUCCACCGUGGAGGCCGACCUGGAGCUGGAAGAGGGCUCCAAAACGCUGGUCCUCUUCUCCCCGGGGGACAUGAGGAAGUCGCUGGCCGCCGGGGAGCUCCUGCCCCCGGACGCGGACCUGGGCACCGUGCCCGCCGUCACGCCCCAGAGCGAGAGGCCCCAGCCCACGGGCAGCCAGCUGGACGUGUCCGAGCCGGGGACGCUGUCGUCCGUCAUCAAGAACGAGCCCAGGCCCCUGCUCCUGGCCGCUGUGGUGGCGGCCGCCGCCUCCUCGUCCCCCUUCACCAAGGUGGAGCGCACCUUCGUCCACAUCGCAGAGACGUCCCACCUCAACGUCAUGUCUUCCAGCGGCCAGCAGGCCCGGCUCGCCGACCGCGAGCUGUUCGACGUGGCCGAAGAGCCGUCCCCCAUAGGGGACGUCCAGGAGGGCGAGGGGGAGGAGGGGGAGGAGGAAGAGGAGGAGGAGGAGGAGGAGGAAGAAGAAGAAGAAGAAGAGGAGGAGGAGGAGCCGCAGGUUGAAAACGGCCUCGCCGAACACAGGUCGCAUUCUGAGCCCGCUGCAGAAGAGGCUCCCGCUCCUGACCCUGUGCCCGCCCUGACACCCGCCGGCGAAGCCCGCGAGGCUCCGGGGGAGGCGCAGGAGGAGCAGAAGGAGGAGAUGGCGGGGGCGGACGGCGGGCGGCCGCAGCCGGCCCGGCGCAGGAGCCGGAUCCCGGUGCUGGUGUCGGAGGAGGACACGGGCUCGGACCAGUCGGGCUCGCCCUCCUCCCGGGAGCGGCCGGCGCCGAGGCCGGUGCAGCGGCAGCAGCUGGCGCGCCUCCUGAUGGAGAGACGGCAGGGCCGCCUCCUGCGGCUGGCCUCCGGGGGCUCCUCCUCGCUCUCCUCGGGCUCCGAGCGCAGGCGCGCCUCCGAGACGCUGUCGGCCGCCGGCUCUGAGGAGGACACGCACGGCUCGGACGACGGCCCCGGCACCACACCCCCCCGCAGCAGGAUCCCCCGCCCCGUCACCCCCGUCAGGAGGCCCGCGCCCCCCUCCCUGGCCCCCGCCCUGGCCCACAGAGCCACAUCCUCCGCUGUAAAUAGGCUUCAAGCGCAGAAAACAGGGAAUGCAAUCAUGAAUGUUCAAAAGGACCCGCGGUCACAGCCCACGCAAUCGCAGGCCCAGCGCUCGUGGCCGGCCCCGGCCCCCCUGCACUGCGGCAGCCCCCGGGCGUCCCCGCGGCCCCCGGCCUCCCCGCCCCCGCGCAGCCUGAGCGCCUCGCCCCGCAGCUGCUCCACCUCCCGAACGGACAGCCCCUCCCCCCAGCGGCAGCGCUGCCUCCCCGCCGCGCCCGAGGUGCGUCGCCAGCUCAUCUCCUUCCGGGCCCACACGGCCCUCCCGCUCAAGCCCCGGCCCCCGGCGGGGGGCGCCGGAGAGGAGCCCGCCGGCCGAGCGCCCGCCAGGAGGGCCCGGCCCCACCCGCUGCCCACGCCGCCCAAGGGCCGCAGGGCGUCCACGGAGGGCAGGGCCGCCGCCAGAUAA